AUGUUUCAGCGGCGUGGCACCUAUCUUCAGCGCCUGUCCAAGCUCUACUCGGAUACCAAGCAGUCCUAUGAGAGCGCCAAAGUCACUCCGGCCGCUGCAAAUGUCACCGACCUGCCCGAGCUGAGGGACUUGAGGCGUGAUUUUCAGAUUCAGCAGGACAGGUUACUGGCAUGGGGCAUGCACUGGACCGACGUCGGCGCUCCCUAUUCCGCCCAGGGCGAUGUCGACAUAGACAAGAAAAUCGACCAGGCUGGUUUGGGCGAGGUGGUGGCCAGCGUCAUGUCCGAGAUUAAGAGACUUCUGGAGGAAAGCGGCCGGCUUGAGCAUCCUGAACGGUACGAGAUGAAGAAGUCGGCACGAGGCCCUGGUUCGAGUCCGGUGGCCCAGCGAAGGGAUUGGACCAGUCACGAGGUCAUGACUGGACGCGCUUUGCUUGAGCAGCUGACUACCUGCAUCGACGUCCUCUACAGCCUCGAGGAAUCAAGGAGGGCCGACGAGAAGGGUGGUGAUGCCAAACGGAUGAAGCAUGCCCAUGCGUCUCUUGCUGCCGAUGGCACCGACUACGGUCCCCUUUAUGACCACCCUCUGCACAUCGACUUCAACAGUCUCGAGUUCAGCACGUACUCACCCCAAGCAGCUGAUCCCCCACCGUAUGAUCCCGCCGAAGGCUCGGUGAUAUCAAGGGAGAGGUCGAUCGCCUAUUUUCGCCAGGCUGCCUGCCCCGUCCUCGUCGAUUUUCUCAGGGCCGACUGUCCACCAUAUGUUGUCGGGAGCGCCGAGGAUGUCUUCGAGCUCCAUGAACUCGGCGAGAAGCUUUGCAAAGAUCGAUCUUUGUCCUGGUGUGGGCACCUGAGACUUCUCGGGUUCACUGUCGACCCCAAUGGACCGCGUUGUGCGAUGGUCUAUGCUUUGCCUGAGGGACACGACCACAGAACUUUACAGCAACACCGGACUCUUGCAUCCCUCUUGAUCACAAGCAACAAUCAAGAGGGGUCGUCGCCGGCCCUUGAAGACCGCUUCCGACUGGCAUACAAUCUCGCUUUGUCAAUCAUGGGCUAUUUCGCCCAGGGCGAAACUCAUCAGUACAUCAACAGCAGCAACAUCCUUCUAAUCGGCAGCAGAGAACAUAUGCAUCGCCCCCACCUGCCGAAAGAACUGAGAUAUCCCUAUUUAUUGCAGUCUUGCCAGGACUUCCUCUCACGCUUGCAAGCCGAGGAGUCAUUCGCAGCAACCAUCUACCGCCACCCUGACCACGACAUUCAUGCUUCUGAGGUGGUUCCUGCGUAUGACAUCUACAGCCUCGGUCUACUUCUGUUGGAGAUUGGUUUGUGGAUUCCACUCCAGAAACUGUGGAAACCAAAGUAUGACCGCCGACUCUUCAUGGAAAGAGUCCAGCGGAUCUACGCACACAAGCUGGCUUCAAAGUGUGGAAGCAAGUACAUGCGGGUGGUUCAAAAAUGUUUGCAAGCGCCCACAGAAUUGCAAUACAGGAACAACUAUGAGGAUGCCGGAGCAUUCCUGCUUCAGGUCGCCAAAGAUCUGCUACAAUGCUGCGCUCUUGAUGAAGAAGGCCCACCCCCCAUCUCUGACAUCGAGAUCUUCGAGCUCAUCAUCAUCGAGCAAAUGUGCAAAGCCGAAGCUAAAGCAGCCGAAGAGGAGAAGAUGCCACCGAAACUCGCUGACGACAUCAAGCCCGAACUCCCAAAAAGAGCGAACUCUAAGCGAAAAGCUGAAGCAAUUCAGCAUUCGAUGCAGCUGGCGGAGAAGCCUCUGCGGAAAUGGAGUGACGUGGAUAUUCCCCAAGAAGACUUGGACCAAUGGAAUACCAUGGUGAUGCCAAAGCUAGGCAAGAUGUUGGAGACUGCUCUAAAGGAUUCUCCCGAAUCGUCCUGCAGCCUCAGCCUGAUGAUGUUCGGCAGUACCCCUGAGAAUGCCAAGACCACCAUUUGCAUUCAAUGCGCACAGAUCAACAAGGUCCGUGACGUGCUGAGGAAGAAGUUUAGACCCAAGAAGGGAUGGGGCGUUGUCCUCCUCAAUGGCGAAGUCCGAAGAAGCGGCACUGGUAGACGGAGAAAGCCCAGGCGAUCGGGGUAUGGUUCCAGUUGUUCGAAAUAUAGAGGUCCCAAAGCCAUGGCUCGAAGACCUCUGGAACAAAAGUAUCAGGAACGACCCACUAGCGGUGCUAGCAUUGGAGCCUUCAAGGAUGCCGAACAUCUGCCCCCUGUCUCCUUUGGAGGCACCAUCCUGGUUGACGGCGAGCCCUACGGAAUGACGGUGCACCAUAUGCUCGACCUUCCCAGCGAUGACGAAGAGGAUGAAGACGACGAAAUUGAUACCGUUCGGCGCAGCGAGCAGCAGCAACAACAGCCAGCACGAAGAGCUGCCGCACCACGCAAAAUGCCUGGACAAUUUGACACUUCAGCCGAUGUACGUUUCAUGCAAUCAGAGGAAGACCUUUCGCGGUUUUCCGAUCUUGCCAUUUCUGACGAGGACUUUGAGAACAACAGUGAUGAUGACGAUGACCAAAGCGACGCCAGCACCAUCCGACCGGACUACGCCAUCAUGGACGCAGACGGCAACGAGUUCUGGUUCCUCGAAGACAGCCCUCCUGAACUCGAUGACGACGACGGAUCCGACGCGUCUUCGUCAGACGAAGCAGACGCAGACGACGCGGCCUCCAUCGGCGACAAAACGGGCAUCGCACCCUACUCUGAUGACGACCUAUGUGUGACUCAACCUGCCAUCGACGAUGUGGACGACGACUUCUUUCCUAGCGAGGAAGAUCGCGACGAUGACCACCUCGCGAGCCAUGCGUUCGGAUACGUCUUCGCGAGUAGCGGCAUUCGACGCGUGGUAAGAGGGGAAAUGAAGCAUGAAGUUGACUGGGCGCUGAUUCGGAUCCAUGAGGAUCGCUUGAAGGUUGAGAAUGCAAUAACUUCGCAGCAGAAGGGUACAACCAUUCCGCCAACGACAUCCUCGCCACGACAAGGAUCUAGGACUUCUCCCCAAAGGAGUGAUCCAAUCCCUGUCCUUACCACGAUAACUCCCCUGUCUUCCCUCUCCGGGCUACGGGUACACUGCCGUGGUCGUUCAUCCGGCUUCCGACGCGGACGCAUCUCACAGGCCAUGUCACUGGUGAAGAUGCACGGCCGGCAAUCCUUCUCUGUGAGUUGGUGUGUAGAAGGAGGCUUCGGUAUCCCGGGAGACAGCGGUGCAUGGGUGUAUGAUCCCAUCUCGGGGGGCUUGUGCGGGCAUGUCUUGGCAUGGGGCGAGAAGAGCAAGACAGCGUAUAUUGCGCCUAUGGAGGUGUUGUUUGAGGACAUCAAGGGACGGCUUGGUGCCCGGUGCGUGGAGUUGCCAGUUCCUGAGGGGGUGAGGAGGAGGCAGGUGAGAGAGGACGAGGGCAUUGGGAUGGGCACGACGCAUACAAGCGGUGGCGACCAGGACGAUGUGGCUGCCAAGUUAAGGGACAUGAGGCUUGACAGUAACACCAAUGCCGCCGCCGCUGCGUCCGGGUCUGGCUCUACUUCUGCCCCUGGUGCACCAGGCGGAGCGGGCAAGACGAAGCAGGUCGUCGGCGUCCGGCCACUAGUCAUGGCUGGCGCAGUCUCUUGA